GCAUCACUACUACACACGUCCGAGGGCGUGCGCUGCGCCUCGCUCGCUCGCUCGCUCACUUUGUAGGCUACGUGACGUCAAACCAGCAUGGCGGUCAAGGUGCAAUCUACUAAACGUGGGGACCCCAGUGAGCUGAAAUCCAUCUUCCAGAAGUAUGCCAGUGUUGUGGACAAGGAUGGAGAAAAGUUUAUGACCCCAGGGGACUUUGUCCAGAAGUAUCUUGGACUAAACACACAGAUCCACCACAAUCCCAAAACUGUUCAGCUCAUUGCUGCUGUGGCUGACACCACAAAGGACGGGCUGAUCUCAUACCAGGAGUUUCUUGCUUUUGAAUCGGUGUUGUGUGCCCCUGAUGCGCUCUUCAUUGUAGCCUUCCAGCUGUUUGACAAGACUGGGACUGGAACCAUUUCCUUUGAAAAUGUGCGGGACAUCUUCAGCCAGACCACAGUGCACCACCACAUCCCCUUCAACUGGGACUGUGAGUUCAUCCGUCUGCACUUUGGGCACGACAGCAAGAAAUGCCUCAGCUACCUGGAGUUUACCCAGUUCCUGCAGGAGCUGCAGUUGGAGCAUGCACGCCAAGCGUUUGCCCAGAAGGACAAAGGGAAGAAUGGCGUCAUCUCUGCAAUGGACUUCAGUGACAUCAUGGCCACCAUCAGACACCACAUGCUCACACCCUUUGUCGAGGAGAACCUUGUGUCUGCUGCCGGUGGCAGCACCUCCCACAUGGUCAGCUUCUCGUACUUCAAUGCCUUCAACUCCCUCCUGAACAACAUGGAGCUGAUACGCAAGAUCUACAGCACACUGGCUGGCACGCGGAAGGACACACUCGUGACAAAAGAGGAGUUUGUUCAUGGUGCCAACAAGUUUGGACAGAUCACUCCCAUGGAAAUUGACAUCCUGUACCAGUUAUCAGGCCUGCACUCCCCCUCUGGGCGCCUGAAUCUUAUCGAUAUUGAGAGGAUAGCUCCUUUGGAGGAAGGAUGUCUGCCACACCACCUGGUUGAAAGUCAAAAACAGGCCCAUGGGGACAGUUCCAGGCCUGUGUGGCUACAGGUUGCAGAGUCAGCCUACAGGUUCACCCUGGGCUCCAUUGCUGGAGCUACGGGAGCCACUGCAGUGUACCCCAUCGACUUGGUGAAGACUCGUAUGCAGAACCAGAGGUCCACAGGAUCCUUCGUAGGCGAGCUGAUGUACAAGAACAGCUUCGACUGUGCUAAGAAGGUCCUUCGUUACGAGGGCGCCUUCGGCUUCUACAGAGGUCUGGUCCCUCAGCUUAUAGGUGUGGCCCCUGAGAAAGCCAUCAAACUGACCGUGAACGACUUUGUAAGAGACAAGUUCACCGGGAAAGACAACACAAUUCCUUUCUUUGCUGAGGUUAUGGCUGGUGGCUGUGCUGGAGGCUCUCAGGUGAUUUUUACCAACCCUCUGGAGAUUGUGAAGAUUCGCCUGCAGGUGGCAGGCGAGAUCACCACUGGACCCCGAGUUAGUGCACUCAGCGUGGUCCGUGACCUGGGCUUCUUUGGCCUCUACAAGGGUGCUAAAGCAUGUUUCCUGAGAGACAUCCCCUUCUCAGCCAUCUAUUUCCCUGCAUACGCCCAUCUCAAGACCCUGAUGGCCGAUGAGCAAGGCAGGCUGGGAGCUCUGCAGCUGCUCACCGCUGGAGCGAUUGCAGGUAUCCCAGCAGCCUCUCUUGUGACACCUGCUGAUGUUAUCAAGACACGUCUGCAGGUUGCAGCGAGGGCCGGGCAGACCUCCUAUACUGGAGUGAUCGAUUGCUUCAGAAAGAUCAUGAGAGAGGAGGGCUUCAGGGCUCUGUGGAAGGGAGCUGGAGCCCGUAUGUGUCGGUCCUCUCCUCAGUUUGGGGUGACUCUUGUGACUUAUGAGCUCCUACAGCGGUGGUUCUACGUUGACUUUGGAGGACACCGUCCUGCAGGAUCCGAUCCCACACCCAAGUCUCGCAUCUCAGAGCUUCCUCCCAUAAAUGCUGACCACGUCGGGGGCUACCGUCUGGCUGCAGCUACCUUUGCCGGUGUUGAGAACAAAUUUGGCCUCCAUCUUCCCAAAUUCAAGUCCUCCGGGGUGGUUUCCAUUCAUCACCCAGAGCCAGUCACUGCAACGCCAGCUGAGGCCCCAUAGAGAUCUGAAUCUCUGUAUCACCACGCCAUCCCUACUCUCCUCUUACCAGGAGCCAGACACUUAGAUAGAUACACAAAGCAAAACACGCACAAAGUCAAAUACACUCCACAAAUAGAGGGCCAUUAAGUUAGGAACAAACAACAGCAGCUCGUAAAUCUACAAGGUGAAGGCGUGCUGAACUGGUCUCAAACCAGCUGUGGAUGUAAGCGAGCAGACGGCGACAGGACCAGACUGUUGUAUCUUCUGUGGCUGUACGCUCCUGGCAACUCCAUUUUUGUUUUUUUUUGUUUUUCCUCAAGCAUUUGUAUAAGGUGGGGUCUCAGCACUCCUCUUUAUUUCAUGAGUAGCACAUAUGAUUUGAAUUUCUUUUCUGUCUGAUGAGUAGGACUUCUCUUAUUGGACGAAGGGCAUAGAAAAUAUUAGCUUGGUCAGCAUGGUGUGUGUGUGUGUGGGGGGGGGGGGCUACACUACUGCUUGGUGCUGAGACAGGAGGCUAUAUACUGUACAUAUUGUAUAACUGUACUGAGAAUACAUUAACAGGAGUCAGUGAAACAAAUGUUACCACACAAAGUGUCGUAAUGUUGAUUUACUGUAAUGUUAUGGCUACGUGGGGCCUUGAGUCCUGGUGUUUGAGAAUCACUCUUACUGAUGUACAGAACUUUUCAAUCCAGUGUUUUCUUUCGAAACAAGAAUCAUAAGCAGAGAAUUAGGUUAAUAAAUUAAAUGUAUCUGAAUUUAGUCAUUGUAUUUUAUUGAAAUAAAUCAUCCAUAUGGUUUUAAUUUUAA